AUGAGAAUCAGGAAACCUUUCGCAGCUGCCUUUGUGGUAUUGCUGUUCAUAGCAGCUUCAUUAGGCCUUGCCCCGAACCGUCUACCCCAAUAUAAGCAGAGCGACAAGGUCUUACACUUUGUUACCUUCUUCUUGAUAACCCUCUGCUUCUACUGGAUCAUCGAAACCAACCGUCGCCGUGUCAUUCACCUUACCCUCGUGGCCUGUACCGCCGGUCUGAGCAUUGGUUCUGAGAUUGUCCAAGGACUCUUACCGGCAUGGAAUUUCUCAAUCCUACCACAGCAUACUGCGCUAACAUAUUUACUUAGANAUGGCCGUGAUUUCGACCCCUACGAUAUUCUUGCAAACGUCGUUGGCUCAUUGCUUGCCUUGCUCGCGUGCAGCUGGUAUCACAAACGUAUGCUGGAGAGACGCCGCGCUGCUAGGAACUACCAAGUGGUGCCCGGCGAGGACCAAGACAUUGAACUGGGAGAGAGUACUGCUGAUCAGGAGACUGGCGUCCUGUCUACCUCCGAGCCACCAAACGUCACUGAAGAGCUGGAUAAUUGGGAUGAGAAUGGCGAAGACUGGGAUGACGAUCAAACGCCUGAGAGCACGCACACCAAGGCUGGUCAAGAGGGAAGCGUCGCUGAGAAGCGACCCGACUAG